AUGUCCAGCCAGUUCGAGCUUGCGCAAAACCCUACAGAGCCCAUCUCCUCUGUCCAGUUCGCAGGAGACAGCCCUACGCGACUACUUGUUUCGUCUUGGGAUCGCAAUGUAUACCUCUACGACACCCAUUCUGAGCCUGGCGGUCAGCUGCUUCAAAAGUUCGAGCACCGCGCGCCAGUGCUAGACGCCUGCUUUGGACGUGAUGACAAUGAGGCGUUUUCAUGUGGUCUAGACUGGGAAGUACGGAGGAUCGAUCUCGAGAGCGGCGCGCAGACCGUCAUGUCCACUCAUUCGCAAGGCGUUCGCAACGUCCUCUUCUCGCCCGCACACAACCUUCUGAUCUCCUCAUCAUGGGAUUGCACACUACAUCUCCACCAUCUUUCACAGCCAGGCGAAUUCAGCGUUGUUCGCCUACCUUCGAAGCCUUUCUCGUUGUCCGCAUCACCGACCAAACUCGUUGUCGCCAUGGCGAGCAGAGCAGUCAACAUAUACGAACUCGACAAGCUAUCCGAUGUGGCUAAGAGAAGUGGAGGUGAAGAGGUCGCAGUAGAGCCGUGGCAACAGAGGGAGAGCUCGAUGAAGUACAUGACUCGCGCAGUAGCCUGCAUGCCCAACGACGCGGGAUAUUCGAGUUCAAGUAUUGAGGGACGCGUGGCAGUCGAGUGGUUUGAUCCAUCCGACGAGUCGCAGUCACGGAAGUACGCCUUCAAGUGCCACAGGCAAACUGUCGAUGGCCAAGAUGUAGUCUACCCCGUUAAUGCGUUGGCGUACCAUCCAAUCCACGGAACAUUUGCGACAGGCGGCGGAGAUGGUGUGGUAUCGCUUUGGGAUGCGGUUGCAAAGAGGAGGAUAAGGCAGUACCAGAAGUUCCCUGCAAGUGUACAGACUAUUGCCUUUUCGAGCGAUGGAAAGUACGUCGCGGUUGGUGUCAGUCCAGGGUUUGAGGAUGGUGUGGACGAUGUACCCGAUGGUGUCACGAAAGUGUUCAUCCGAGAGCUCGGCUCAACGGAGGCACAGGGCAAGAAAAAGUGA